AUGUUCGGUUGGAUGGGAGGGGCCCUGUUGUGCGCAGUCUCCGGUCUGGUCCUCCUCAUUGUGGCCACGGCCACGGACUUUUGGAUGCAGUACCGCUACUCCGGCAGCCUCAGCAAUCAGGGGCUCUGGCGCUUCUGCGUGGGAAACAAAUGCCACCCGCACACCAUCACCCUUGCUUUCUGGGACGCCACGCGAGCCUUCAUGCUCAUCUCCAUCCUGUCCUCUUUCGCUGGGAUCAUCCUGGAACUCAUGACCUACUCCGGCAGCGCCCGUUUUUCCCGCAGCCGCUCCGCAGGGGUCACCCUCUUGAUUGCAGGACUCUUCGCCUUGCUGGGCCUGUCAGUCUACACCGGUGUGACUGUGAAUUUCUACGGCAAGCGCUACGCUGACUGGCGCUUCUCCUGGUCGUACAUCCUGGGCUGGAUCGCCAUCGUGCUGACCAUCGCCGCAG